GGUGAAGCAUGAGAAAAAUUACUCGGUUUGUGGACUGGCAUGGCACCCCAAAUAUAGCCAAAUUGCUUAUACAGAUACUGAAGGAAAUCUGGGGUUAUUGGAAAAUAUCGGUGAUGCAAACAAGCCAAAUGACAAGGUUGCUGAUACUGUGGCAAAAGACUACAAUGAUCUUUUUGAUGGCGAUGACGACGACUAUGUAAAUGGAGAAUUGAUUGAACCACAGUCUUCCCCGAAGGCUGGAGGUAACGAAGAUGAUGCUGAUGACCUUAUGCCAACUUCAGGCCGGCUGAGACGGGCGAUAAUUGAUGAGGAUGAUAACUCACUAGAUAUUGGGUUGAUAAAAGCGAACUCCACUCUUCUUGAAAAGGAAGAUGAUGAUGAUGACCAGACCGGUGGCUUUUCAGCUUUACCGCCGUCGUCUACGCAACGGCCUUUCUACGAUGGGCCGAUGCCAACCCCCAAGCAAAGGCCAUUCCAGCCUGGCUCCACUCCUGCACAUCUCAUGCAUCGUUUCAUGGUUUGGAAUUCUGUCGGUAUCAUUCGCUGUUACAAUGAUGAGCAGGACAACGCUAUAGACAUAGAAUUUCACGAUACCUCCGUACAUCACGCAACGCACCUGCCGAACUCUCUAAACCACACGAUGGCUGACCUCUCUACUGAAGCUGUUUUACUGGCCUGUGAGAGUACAGAGGAACUUCCAAGCAAGCUCCACUGCAUUCAUUUUAGCUCAUGGGAUGCAAACAAGGAGUGGACAGUAGAUAUGCCGAAGGAUGAAGACAUCGAGGCGAUCUGUCUCGGGCAAGGUUGGGCUGCCUGUGCCACGAGUGCCUUGCUCAUGCGUGUGUUCACUGUCGGAGGAGUUCAGAGAGAGAUCUUCAGUCUCCCGGGCCCCGUUGUGUCUAUGGCAGGACAUGGGGAGCAGCUGAUGAUUGUUUAUCACAGAGGUACUGGGUUUGAUGGGGACCAAUGCCUUGGGGUACAGCUGAUGGAGCUAGGAAAAAAGAAAAAACAAAUUUUGCAUGGAGACCCUCUUUCUCUUACCAAAAAAUCCUAUUUGGUGUGGGUUGGAUUCUCCGCAGAAGGUACCCCUUGUUACGUGGAUUCGGAGGGAAUCGUGCGGAUGUUGAACCGAGGGCUCGGGAAUACUUGGAUUCCAGUGUGUAACACGAGAGAUCAUUGCAAAGGAACAUCUGAUCAUUACUGGGUGGUUGGCAUCCAUGAAAAUCCCCAGCAGCUCAG